CGCCUUGUUUUGUUUCAUUCUUCUUCUCCUUCCUUCGUCAUCUUCCCCCAUUUCUGCAUCUGAGCUCAUUCUCAGUCUCUCUAUCUCUCUUCUUUCUCUCUCUAAAACUGAUUGUGUGGUGGGGUUUGAAAUCCCUAUUUUUUUUUUCUUCAAAAGAAAGAGAUUAAUAUACCUUCGAAUAUUCGGAGGUUUUGAGCUGCAACUUUUUCAUGAGCCACCGCCACCGUCCUCCGGUGUCCGCAUCGCCCAACCGGCAUGGACCUCUGGGCCAGACCGACCUGGAGUCGGAGCCGUACAACAUAAUUCCGGUGAAUAAUCUUCUAGCGGACCACCCGUCCCUCCGCUUCCCCGAGGUACGCGCGGCUGCGGCCGCUCUACGCGCUGUUGGGAACCUUCGCAAGCCGCCUUUCGCCCAAUGGCUUCCCCAGAUGGACCUCCUCGAUUGGCUGGCACUUUUCUUUGGUUUCCAGAAGGACAACGUUCGGAACCAGAGGGAGCACCUGGUUCUCCACCUCGCCAAUGCUCAGAUGCGCCUCACGCCCCCGCCGGACAAUAUCGAUACCCUAGACAGUGCCGUUUUGAGGCGUUUUCGGAGGAAGCUUCUCAAGAAUUACACCGAAUGGUGUUAUUAUCUUGGCAAGAAGUCCAACAUUUGGAUCUCGGACCGGCGCGAAGCUGCUGCGGAUCAACGCCGGGAACUUCUUUACGUUUCGCUGUAUCUCCUCAUAUGGGGUGAGUCUGCUAACCUAAGAUUUGUUCCUGAGUGUUUGUGUUACAUAUUUCAUAAUAUGGCCAUGGAGUUGAAUAAGAUUUUGGAGGAUUAUAUUGAUGAGAAUACCGGCCAGCCCGUGAUGCCUUCGAUUUCGGGAGAGAACGCGUUCUUAAACUGUGUUGUGACACCAAUCUAUGAAACGAUUAAAGCUGAAGUUGAGAGUAGUAGGAAUGGGACUGCGCCGCAUAGUGUUUGGAGGAAUUAUGAUGAUAUUAAUGAGUACUUUUGGAGUAAGAGGUGUUUUGAGAAGUUGAAAUGGCCUAUUGAUGUGGGGAGCAACUUCUUCGUGACCUCAACUAGGAAAAGGCAUGUGGGUAAGACUGGGUUUGUGGAGCAAAGGUCGUUUUGGAACUUGUACCGGAGCUUUGACAGGCUUUGGAUAAUGCUCAUUUUGUUCCUUCAGGCUGCCAUUAUUGUUGCUUGGGAUGGAACUGAUUACCCUUGGCAGGCCCUGAAACAUCGAGAUGUUCAGGUCCGUAUUCUGACCGUGUUCUUCACUUGGAGUGGUUUGAGGUUCUUUCAGUCGUUGCUUGAUGCAGCGAUGCAAUACACUUUGGUGUCGAGGGAGACUUUGGGACUUGGAGUGAGGUUGGUGUUGAAGAGUAUUGUUGCUGCUGGAUGGAUUGUAGUUUUUGGGGUGUUUUAUGGGAGGAUAUGGACGCAGAGAAAUCAAGAUAGAAGAUGGUCACGUGCGGCAGAUCAGAGGGUGGUGACUUUUCUUGAGGUGGUUCUGGUUUUUAUUCUUCCCGAGCUUCUAGCACUUGCUCUUUUCAUUAUUCCCUGGAUUCGAAAUUUUGUUGAGCAGACUAACUGGAGGAUUUUUCGCAUGUUAUCAUGGUGGUUUCAGAGUAGAAUCUUUGUUGGUCGUGGGCUGAGGGAAGGUCUCAUGGACAAUAUAAAGUACACUUUGUUUUGGGUUGUGGUGCUGGCUACAAAAUUUUGCUUCAGUUACUUCAUGCAGAUAAAACCCAUGGUUGCUCCAUCAAAACUACUCUUGGACCUUAAGAACUUGAAGUAUGAAUGGCAUGAGUUUUUUGAUAGCAGUAACAGAUUUGCAGUUGGGUUACUCUGGAUUCCUGUUGUUUUGAUUUACCUCAUGGAUUUGCAGAUAUGGUAUUCCAUUUACUCCUCUUUUGUUGGGGCAGGAGUGGGUUUGUUUGCACACUUGGGUGAGAUUAGGAACAUCCAGCAAUUGAGACUGAGAUUCCAAUUCUUUGCAAGUGCAAUUCAAUUCAAUCUCAUGCCAGAGGAACAACUCUUAAAUGCAAGGGGGACAUUAAGGAAUAAGUUCAAUGAUGCUAUUAACCGGUUGAAGCUAAGGUAUGGACUUGGUCAGCCAUAUAGGAAACUUGAAUCCAAUCAGGUUGAGGCGAAUAAGUUUGCUCUGAUAUGGAAUGAGAUAAUUAUGAUUUUCAGAGAAGAAGAUAUUAUUUCUGACAGAGAGCUUGAGUUGUUGGAGCUGCCCCAAAAUUCUUGGGAUGUCAGGGUUAUUCGCUGGCCUUGUUUUCUUCUCUGCAAUGAGCUACUGCUUGCACUCAGUCAAGCCAAAGAGUUGGUAGAUGCUUCAGAUAAGUGGCUCUGGUAUAAGAUUUGCAAGAAUGAAUACAGGCGUUGUGCUGUCAUAGAAGCUUAUGAUUGUCUUAAGCACUUGGUUCGGGCGAUUCUUAAACGUAACAGUGAAGAGCAUUCAAUAGUGACAGUUUUAUUUCAGGAGAUUGAUCAGUCUGUUCAGAGUGAGAGGUUCACUAAAACAUUUAAAACGACUGCACUUCCCCAGCUCCAUUCAAAGUUAAUUAAACUUGUUGAACUGUUGAACAAGCCAAAGAAAGAUCCUAACCAGGUGGUAAAUACUCUACAGGCACUCUAUGAGAUUGUUGUUAGAGAUUUUUUCAAGGAAAAGAGGAGCAUUGAUCAGUUGAGAGAGGAGGGUUUGGCCCCUCAAAAUCCUGCUUCCAUGGCAGGGUUACUUUUUGAAAAUGCUUUGCAGAUACCGGAUCAUGAUGACGAAACCUUCUACCGACAGGUUCGGCGCUUGCACACUAUUCUCAUUUCUCGAGACUCAAUGCAGAAUAUCCCAGUUAAUCUUGAGGCAAGACGCAGAAUUGCUUUCUUUAGCAACUCCCUCUUUAUGAAUAUGCCCCAUGCCCCCCAAGUUGAGAAAAUGAUGGCCUUUAGUGUUCUGACCCCAUACUAUACUGAAGAAGUGGUAUACAGCAAAGAGCAACUGAGGACAGAGAAUGAAGAUGGGAUUUCUAUCCUCUAUUAUUUGCAGACAAUUUAUCAUGAUGACUGGAAAAAUUUUAUCGAGAGGAUGCGUCGAGAAGGAAUGGUGGAUGACAAAGAAUUGUGGACAACUAAGUUGAGAGAGCUUAGGCUCUGGGCAUCAAACAGAGGCCAGACACUUUCACGAACUGUUAGGGGAAUGAUGUAUUACUAUCGAGCUCUUAAGAUGUUGGCUUUUCUGGACUCUGCAUCAGAGAUGGACAUUCGGGAAGGAUCACGAGAACUUGGUUCAAUGAGGCGAGAUAGUUUCAACUCGGACAGGUCAACUUCAGCUAGGAGUUUAAGUAGAACAAACAGUUCCGUGAGCUUGUUAUUUAAAGGCCAUGAGUAUGGGACUGCUUUGAUGAAAUUUACAUAUGUGGUUGCUUGCCAGAUAUAUGGAACACAGAAAGCAAGAAAAGAUCCUAAUGCUGAGGAAAUUUUGUAUCUAAUGAAAACCAAUGAAGCUCUUCGAGUUGCCUAUGUUGACGAGGUCCCAAUUGGCAGAGAUGGGAACGAAUAUUAUUCUGUUCUUGUGAAGUUUGAUCAGCAAUUAAAUAAGGAGGUCGAAAUCUACCGUGUAAAAUUGCCAGGGCCCUUGAAGCUUGGAGAGGGUAAACCAGAGAAUCAAAAUCAUGCCAUGAUCUUCACUCGUGGUGAUGCAGUUCAAACAAUUGAUAUGAACCAAGAUAAUUAUUUUGAGGAGGCUCUUAAAAUAAGGAAUCUAUUGGAAGAAUUCAGGCGAUACUAUGGUGCCCGGAAACCUACGAUCUUGGGAGUCAGGGAACAUGUUUUUACUGGUUCUGUUUCUUCACUUGCUUGGUUUAUGUCAGCUCAAGAAACAAGUUUUGUCACCUUGGGACAGCGUGUUUUAGCGAAUCCUUUAAAAGUUCGAAUGCAUUAUGGCCAUCCUGAUGUGUUUGACAGGUUUUGGUUCUUGACUCGAGGUGGCAUCAGUAAAGCUUCCAGGGUGAUCAACAUAAGUGAAGACAUCUUUGCUGGCUUUAAUUGUACACUUCGUGGAGGCAAUGUCACACACCAUGAGUACAUUCAAGUUGGAAAAGGAAGGGACGUAGGGUUAAACCAAAUUUCCAUGUUUGAAGCUAAGGUAGCUAGUGGAAAUGGAGAGCAAGUACUGAGCAGAGAUGUCUACAGGCUGGGUCAUAGGCUUGACUUCUUCCGAAUGCUGUCUUUCUUUUACACUACUGUGGGUUUCUUUUUCAAUACAAUGUUGGUCAUUCUGACUGUAUAUGCAUUUUUAUGGGGUCGACUUUAUCUUGCUCUCAGUGGUGUUGAGGGUUCUGCUUUGGCACAAGACAGCAAUAAAGCACUUGGGACGAUCUUGAAUCAACAGUUCAUCAUCCAACUUGGUCUUUUCACUGCCCUUCCAAUGAUAGUGGAGAACUCUCUUGAGCAAGGGUUCCUGCAGGCUAUUUGGGAUUUCUUGACAAUGCAGCUCCAGCUUUCCUCUGUUUUCUAUACAUUCUCUAUGGGAACUCGUACCCACUUUUUUGGCCGAACUAUCCUUCAUGGUGGUGCAAAGUAUCGUGCAACUGGGCGUGGUUUUGUUGUUCAACAUAAGAGCUUUGCAGAAAAUUACAGACUUUAUGCUCGCAGCCAUUUUGUGAAAGCUGUUGAACUUGGACUCAUACUUAUAGUUUAUGCAACACAUAGUGCUGUAGCUAAGGACACGUUGGUAUACAUAGCCUUAACCAUCACUAGUUGGUUUCUCGUCAUGUCAUGGAUUCUGGCUCCCUUUGUUUUCAACCCUUCUGGUUUUGAUUGGCUGAAGACUGUGGAUGACUUUGAUGAUUUUAUGAACUGGAUUUGGUUUCGUGGUAGUGUGUUUGCAAAAGCUGAACAGAGCUGGGAAAGAUGGUGGUAUGAAGAGCAGGAACAUUUGAGAACCACUGGUACAUGGGGAAAGAUAAUGGAGAUAAUUUUAGACCUCCGCUUUUUCUUUUUUCAAUAUGGUAUCGUAUACCAGCUUGAUAUUACGGCCGGAAGUAGAAGUAUUGCUGUAUAUGGCUUGUCUUGGAUCUAUGUCUUAGUGGCUUUUGGGAUAUACGUGGUGGUAGCAUAUGCUCGGGAUAAAUAUGCAGCAAAAGAACACAUAUACUAUCGACUUGUCCAGUUUCUUGUCAUUAUUCUCACCAUACUUGUGAUAAUUGCCCUGCUUAAGUUCACAAAUUUCAAUUUUAUAGAUAUUUUCACCAGUAUGUUGGCCUUCAUCCCCACUGGGUGGGGCCUGUUAUUGAUUGCCCAAGUAUUCCGUCCACUUCUGCAGGCUACUAGAUUUUGGAAUGUUGUUGUUUCUGUGGCUCGAAUGUAUGAUAUAUUAUUUGGAGUGACAAUCAUGAUUCCUAUGGCUAUACUAUCAUGGCUUCCUGGGUUUCAGUCUAUGCAGACUAGGAUCCUCUUUAACGAAGCAUUCAGCAGGGGCCUUCGGAUAUUUCAGAUUGUCACAGGGAAAAAAUCAAAAGCUGAUGUAUGAUUUCAGAUGCUGAUUAUAAAUCUGCGUUAUUGCCAGGAGCCAUUUGUGUGAAGUUCUUUCAUCAUGUCUUUGGAUAUGUAUUGAUCUCGUCAUCCGUUGCCAUACACUUCUUAGCUAUAACGACCUAUCAGGUUCAAUGUUAUCCCUUGGCGCAAAGACAGUAUAGAAGUUGAUAAACGAGGUUGUUUUGAUACAUUAGAAGCUCUUGUAUGCAUGUUAAAGCAAUUUGUUUGUUAUUUCAAGUUAAUUUUGAGGGCAAUUCAUAUGUAUUGUUCAUUGCUACUACCCUUCUUUCUCCCUCCCAUUGUUUGUGUAAUUAGUAGUAAUUUUCUAUAGCUUAGAAAAUCUUCUUUUGGAUCUCGAGUAGCUUUGGGUUGGCCUUCCACCUCUCAGAAAGGUACAACUCUUCAGCAGUGUCUAUAUUGAGCAUAGCUAGUUUCAUAUCAUUGAGAUUUUGUUAUCCACUACAUUUUUUAUUCUUUCCUCAGAAUGGCAGUUGCUUGUGUCUACAAUUAAUAUAAUAUCUACUUUUUCCUUUGAUAUUAA